UGGAAUGACAAAAACACACACGCACGAGGGGCUUCCCGUAUGGAGAGAGGUAGGUGUUUUUGUUGGCCGGGGGGCGGAAGGCAGGUGACGAAUGCUGGCCUGGCCGGAGCAGAGAGGGAAAGUACCAGACCGGCCGGAGUUUACACACAGACCUCCUGCUACUCACCACUGCUGAGACGACGCAGCUCGACCAUCCUCCACCACUCCACCUUUGCAAGCUUCAUUCACACCCAACUUCCCUUCCACAACCAGCAUCACAUAGCAUUUCUCUCAACCCUGUGCACAAUGGCCUCCGAGGCAGAGAUUGACCCUCAACAAGGGCAGCCCUAUCCCCCGGCUGUCGACGCUGCUCCAGAGCCCGGCGCAGACGAUCAGAAAGCACCCGUCAAACGCUCAUGGAGGCGCAAGUACCGCAAAAUGCGCGCCAGAUUUGAGGAGACGAUGAAUAUGAGCAAUGCGUUGAUUCUGGGUGAAUGGAAAGCACAGGCACUGUCGCGUCGGUUACAAGAGGAGAAUGAUCAACUCCUCGAUACACUCUUGACAAUGAAUGAGACUGCCCGCAUUCCAGCUCCCCGCCGCGUCGACCUCCGCACCCUCGCCGAAACCGACCCUGCAAUUCCCACCAGUCUAGACCCAGAACUUAUACAGCAUCGGUUGCACGAGCUUAGGUCAGAUUUGGCAAACGGUCUCAUCACACCGGAAAGCUAUGCGCAUUUGACAGAGCACCUACAUAAUUCUCAAGUAGCUGGCUCGAUGCUGACGCUGGCCAAGUUGGAAUCAAGCGUACCACACUCCACCACCCCACCCCACCCGCCAGUGGACGGCGUGGACCUCACAGAGACUGCGCCUGGCUACAUGUCUCCCAACCACGAAGAGGAAUACCUUCUGUCUCUGGAUAUGGCCAUGGCCAAUCCCAACUAUAAACCCGAAUCCCAAGACAUUCGCCGCACAAUUCCCAUACAAGCUCCGCCCUCCGAGAAAGACUUGACUAUUCGGAACCCUAAUAGCGUAUACAAUUGGCUUCGUAAGAACCAGCCGCAGGUCUUUCUGCAAGAUAAAGACCAGGUAAAUCCCGAAAACGUGCCGGAAAAGUUGCCAGCCAAAUCCGCUAAUGGCGGUGGCCGAGGGAAACGUCAGUCUGCUGCUCACGGCACGCCUGCACCCAAAACCGAACACGAAGACGAGGAUGGUUUCGUGCCGGAAACAGGUACAACAGCAAAGCCACGGAAGAGUAAAGGCGGCGAGGAAGACGGCGCGUAUCGACCCAAGGGUGGAAGUAGUCGGCCCUCUAAGAGGAAAAGGGAAGACGGCGAUGCGCCCACUAAGGGUGGUCGAAAAAAGAAUAGGCAGAGUACAAGUGCUGUCAAUUGA